GGUAGGUUUUUUAAAAUUGACUCAUUCUAGCGCAUCAAAUUAUCUACUCCCAGUUUUGAUUUCAAAUUUGUCUUAACCUGUGGCAUGUUUCGUUGCGAAUUAUUUCCUAUUGCUUUUCUUAUUAAGUGUGAAUGUAUUUUGUGUUCUUUCUGGGUAGUCGAUCUACCUUUUCAGUUUCAGUUUGGAAAGGACAGGAGGCUUGAUGGCCUGUAUUAGUCCUGGCAAUGAUGGUCUCUCAGCUGAUCCAACUUUCCUUUGAAGAGGUGGAUGGAUGGAGCCUCAACCACGUGCUGAGGUAAUGAAUUCCACUCGCUCGAUGAUUUGAUGGGGAAGUCGGUAGUCAGCUGACAAGUAAUUCGUUCUGGGCUUGUGAAUUUUUUUGGAGUGUCCUUGUAGAUUUUCUGUUUCGGAAGACAAGAAAAAUGAGGGCAUAUCAGGUGCAAAUUUAUCACUAAGCAAUUUGAAAACUGUAAUCAAGUCGCCUCUGAUUCUCCUAUAUGACAGCGGGAAUAGGUUUAGCUUGGUCAGUCUGGUACCUUCUUUUGUUCUUUUCUUCAGCUCUUCUCAAUGUGCUCUGCACGCUCCCCCUUAGUAUACAAAAUAGAUUCUGGCUAGAGGCCUUGAGAUUAAGGCAUUGCAAAAUUUAAAAUUGCCAAUGUUAAGUGUAGGUUUUUCUGUUGGAUAUCAUGGUUCUAUAGUCAGGAUAGACUAAUUUUGGACUCUAUAUCUUUUAAGACCCAACUCCUAAUCCUAGAACCGGUCUACCUUAACCUCAAAUACUGAAAAUGCCAGCUGCUAACCUUAAAACGCAAUCCUAACUGUUUACCUUAAUACUCUAAACACUAAUACUUUUAGCCCUGGCUCUUAAUCCUAAAACUACUAAACACUAACUCCUACCCUUAACUCUGCUAACGUGAAUAUACUGACCUUAACAAUUCAUUCCACAAGAAAACCAUCAUUCAACCAAAAAUGUAAUGGAAACCAUGAGUUUUCGGAAUGGGCUGUCCGCAAUAACGUUUUAAAUUAUCGUAUUGGUCAGUUUAAUUUUGACCAGUCGCUCGAUGUUAUUGGUAUAGUAUAGUCUCUUCACUAAAUUUAAGUUCCUUUUAUGUGCUCACUGAGUUUUUGGCUCAAUUUUUGUCUUGUUUUUUUCUCUUUCAAAUCCUCCUACAUAUUGUUCAUACUUCUCCAGCCUGCAAGUUACCUUUAGGUUGAACACAGACCUAUUAAAACUGAACGUUACACACAAUUAUGAGACAUCUCCCAGCAGCUUUUCCGUUUUAUCCUCUUGCAAACCCAAAAGGCGUGGAACAUAGUUGUGAAGUAUGCUCUAAACCAGCCUACUUACAAUGUGGGGUUUGCCGGAUCACGUAUUAUUGGUUUGACCACUAUCAUAUGAAUGCAUUAUAUUUCUAGUGGAAUAGAGCAUCAAAAAAUUGAUUGGGAAGGAAUUCAUAAAAAGAUAUGUUUGGAUUUAAUAUCGUUUCGAGAAUCUAAAGGAUUUGUAUCAAAGGACAAGCGUGAGAAGAAAAGUGAGGAACUUCAAAACAAAAAUCUUGAUCUGGUCCGGCUUACUCAGCUGGAGGCUCAGAAACUUUUGUUUGAAGGAAAAUCAGAGGAAGCCCUACCAGCUGCUUUACAAUGUUUGAAGUUUGCAGUGCGCGCAUAUGGAAUAGCUUGUGUUGAAUUAGUAUCACCCUAUCUAGUUCUUGCGGAAUCAUGUAUUGGUCUUGGGAAACUGAAUCAAGCUGAGACUUACCUUGCACAAGCUCAGUGGAUAGUACUUAAAGUACAACAUGAAUGUUCAAAUAGUAUACAAUCACAGUUACAUCGUAAACUUGGUUUGUUAUAUGCUGCUAAAUGUAAUUAUGAACUAGCAUUGGAGUGUUUGGCGAAAGAUAUAUUUUAUGCAUCCCUUGAAUAUGGCACCGAUCAUAUACGUACAGCUGGUGGUUAUUUUCAAAUGGCUGAAGUGUUUUAUGCAAUGUAUAAAGCCAAUGUCAAUAAAGGUUCUCAUGAUCAAAACUUUCCAGAAAAGUCAGCUGAAUUUGUGUAUCCUUCAGUUACUCCAGAAAUUUCAGAAAUAAUUAAACUAAAUAAGUCUUACGGUCUAUUGAUUUAUGAAAGGGAGAUGAAAUCAAACGUCAGUUUUUCAACAAAUUCAGAGUUUUGCAUUCAACCGCCUUUAUCAAAAGCUCAAGUGGUUGACAAUCUGUAUAUACGUGUAGUUAAUAUAUGGGGCAAACAUUUAAGGGAAUUAGUAGAAAGCUUGUUAUUCAAACCUGUAUCCUCUGAAGACGUUGGUGCUGUUAUGGUGGAGAUUACUGAAGAAGCUAAACAAACCUUAGAUGAUGCACAAAAGGCUGAAGCUGGAAAAAUGCUGUAUGCAAUUGAGAAAUAUCGUAAUCAGCGUAUCAAUGAAAAUGAGUCCGAUGCAAUUACUUGUAAUCCAGCCAAGCCAGAUCCAAAAGUUCAAUUGUAUUUAACUUUGUCAAUGCUAAACUAUAUUUUAGAAAGAAAACAAGAAUCUAUACAAUAUUUAGUCGAAGCCAAAGUUGCAGCUGAAUUUAUGGUACAACAUUCAAAAAUCACAGCGAAUAUCAAUUUGAUGGAACGUGCUUUAGGUGAAAAAAAAUAAUUUAACAAAUUGCACAAAAAUUAUUUCAGACAGAAAUUGCUGCUUCUUUUUCUUUAGAAAAAUUUAUUUGUCCGUCUCUUCAUGAUUAAUUUUAUAAACAGAAAUAAAAGAAUAUUUUUCUUCU